ACGGUCGCAGCAACACAUUAUGUUUUCAGCGCACAACAAUUUAUUUAAACAGUUUUUCUUUAUACGCGGUGAGGUAGGCCGCGUUGCUUGCGGUUUGUUAUCAGAUAAGAAGGGAGCGGCGGCGCGCGGGCCCGGCCACACACGGCAGCCCGCCACGCACAACCUCUUCUGCCGCACCAUAGUCCGGGUCUACUGAUUUAAGUCUGCACCGGUACUCCACAGGGCGCAACGAUAUGAGCGGCGCGGGCGACGCUAGCGCGGGCGGGCCGCAGGUGGACGCAGCACUGGCGCGGCUGGGCUCGUGCGGCCCGCAUCAGCUCCUCACGCUGAGCCUGCUGGCGCUCGUCUACGCCACCAACGCCGUCUAUAAUGUCAACUACGUGUUCGCCGUCGAGGAAGUCGGCUAUAGAUGCGCCGCGGAGGAGUGCGCGGCGCCAGCGGAGCCAUGGCGCAACGGAACGAGCGCAUUGCACGCGGUCCCUGAACGCCAGUGCCGCUGCGCACAUCCAAGCACGGGCCGCGACCACGCCUGCACACGCUUCAUCUACGACAACCCGCACAGCUUCGUCGCAGAGUUCUCGUUGGCGUGCGAGGAGUGGAAACCGCCGCUAGUGGGCACGGCGCACAUGCUCGGAAACAUGCUCGGCCUGUUGCUGCAGGGGCAGAUCUCCGACAGGUUCGGGCGCAAGGCGGCGGCCGUGGGCGCGGGCGGCGUGGGCGCUGCACUGGGCCUGGCUAAGAGCUGGGCGACCUCCUUCUGGCCAUACGUCGCACUGGAGGGGCUCGAAGCCGCCCUCGGGGAUGCGUUCUCGCCCAUCUUCAUGUUGAGUAUAGAAAUGGUAGAGAAGAAACGCGCGGUGUUGUACCAGAUGAUCCUGCUGAACUGCUACACGGGCGGGCUGGUGGUGUUGCCGUUCGUGGCGCGCGCAGUGCCCUACUGGCGCACAUUUCUUCGUCUUCUCUAUGCCCCUACGCUUCUCAUACUCACCUACUCCUUCUUUCUGGACGAAAGCAUACGAUGGUUAUUCAGCAAGGGAAAGCGGGAAGAGGCGAUCAAGUUAAUACAAAAAAUUGCCAGAAGAAACAACGUGGAGGUAGACGACGCGCUUCUGAAUAAAUUGGAAUACGACGACGAGGUCACGGCGCCGCAGACGAGCGACAGACGGCUUCUGCUGAAAACGUUCAGGUCAAAGAUAAUGUUGCAGAGGUUUGCAGUGUGCACAGCGUGGUGGUUCACCAUAACGCUCAUCAACUACGGAAUGAUGAUCAGCUCGGUGCUAAUCGCCGGCGACAAGUACCUCAAUUUCGCUUUGCUGAUGCUCAUGGACGUGCCGGCCAACCUACUGUGCUGGCUGGCACUCGCCCGCUGCCGCCGCCGUCUGCCAUUGCUCCUCUCCUUCACCCUCGGCGGCGUAUUCUGUAUAUUGCACUCCUUUCUUCUAAGCGGAGGUAGCGGAGGAGAAGGCGCGGGCGUGGGGUACGCGUGGGCGGGGCUGGCGCUGUUCAUGGCGUUCGAGACGCUGGCCACGUUCUCCUACAACAUCGUGUACACCUACACCUCGGAGCUGUUCCCCACAUACACGCGCAACUCACUGCACGCGCUGUGCGCCGCCGCCGGCCGCCUGGGCGCGUUGCUAGCGCCACAGAUGCCUCUCCUCAUGACAUACUGGUCCGGCCUGCCGGCUCUGAUUUUCGGGGUGACGUCGCUCGCAUCGGGCGCCCUCACGUUGCUGAUGCCGGAAACGGCUGGCACCCGGCUUCCAGACACCAUUAGGGAGGCUGAGAACAUCGGAAAGAGUAGCGCGGUCGAGCAGGAGGAGCAAGAGCUGAAGGCGUCCGAUUCCCCAGGUCUGGCGGCGGGAAAGGCGUGACGCUCCCGCUCGCCGCCUUCACAGACAGAGACCGAUGGUCAAUGCCAGUGAGACUCACGCGAACAACAUGAGCAGGAGCACGGGACAUAGCACGAUAAGCAGGACGAUGUAACUAUCAUAAUGUAGCCGCUCGUCGCCUGUGACAUACCUUGGAACUAUUGUAUGGUUAUUACUACUGUUUCGAGCUGCGAGUCGCGAGCUACGAGUUAUCGGGUAGUAUGAGAUGUAAAGUGAUAGGAUGAAGAGUGGCAAGCGCGUGAGUCGUCGUACCGUCACUUCGUUCGGACUUUUAAUACCCUGUUUGGUCUCUCGAUAUCACUAACCAAACUUCAAGUGCUUAUCAAAGCUGCCCACUCUUUUAAGUAGCAGCUGAUUAAUAAAAAACCGCAAUGCGCUCCUGCUCUGCUCCAUAAUGUUACUAAGACCUUUUCGGGAUCGACCUGUUAGCCUCUACGUUUAUUGAAAGUUGGCAACCCUAUGCUCUGACUGGUCGUCUAUUCUCUGCUACCAAUAGCUCGUCGUUUCUACAACGAUUCACGAUAUUUAUAUCAUUAAUUCGAUUCGCACGUGAAGGCAUGUCGAAGCUAUCGCCCGCUUCGCGCGACACGUUCGCGAGCGUGCUCGGGCGAUACCGAGACCGCGAGCACUGCGAUGUUUGAAGUUUAACGACAUUAUAAUAUCGAAAUUGGGAAUCCGGUUCACGUCGGGCAUCGCGACUCUCAUCAAAACUUGCACAGACUACUCGCUAUAUAUUUCCGAUACGUAAUAAUUGUGUGCACUUAAUCGAUAGUUACCGUUG